UGAAACAAAAGAGCGAGUGCCCAUACUGGUUAUACUGUGGGGAUAUUGCAAUUGGAAAGCACCCAAAGGCAUUCCCCUUCCAGGUAUAUAUGUUCUAAGGACGUAUCACAAGUGAGAUUUAUCUGAGUUUUCAUGUAAAAGGAAAGCGACUAAUAAAGAACAGACCUUAUGUAACCCAAGCCCCAAAGUUUGCAAGUCUGCGUUCAGUUCCCCUAGCAACUUAGCGCCGCGCGGUUGGCGCGACUGCGCUCGAUCGUCGGCGUUUAAAAUUCAAAACUCAACGUAACGCCAAGCCACGCAGCCACGCCAAACGGCUCCCCCGAUCGCGAACGUUGUUGCAGCGACGAGAGCGUUUCGUUGGUUGUCCCACGUCGAUCGUGCGAUCGUUUUCGCGACCUGAGAGGACUGGAGAGUUACUCCCCGCGAGUUGUACGUGCGUCGAGUAUACGGAAUACGGAAACGAAACGCCGAGAGCCGAAGGGAAGUUUGCGAAGCAGCGGCGAGACGGCGAUGUCGCGAUGUGAGGACAACGUAAGUGACGUGUGCUCCUCCGAUCUCUGAAAUCUCUCACCGCGAAAGCUAUGGCACUGUGAGGCCUCGCGGCGAUUCUCUGCAGCGCUAACAAAGGAUGGUUUUCAACAAAAAGGACCUGGGUAAGGCGUUCUCACCCAGCAAAGUGAGGAAGGCGGGCGUGAAACGACUGUCGCCCGGCUCGGCGAAGCCGAGCACGAGCGGCUCUACUAUGAAAGUUUCAUCUACGAUGAAAACCGAAGACACUUCCGAGAUCUCGAUCAAGGUAAUCGUGAGAGUGCGUCCGCCUAACGAGCGCGAGUUACAGGACAACUGCCGGACGGCCAUCGAGGUCGUGGACGACAAGAUGCUCAUCUUCGACCCGAAGGAGCACGAGACGACCUUCUUCUUCCGCAACGUGCCGCAGAAGGGCAGGGACAUGCUGAAGAGGCAGAACAAGCAGCUGCAGUUUAUCUUCGACCGGGUGUUCGACCUGGCGUCCAGCAACGCCGACGUGUUCGAGGGAAGCACCAAGAGUCUGAUCAGCAGCCUCCUCGACGGCUACAAUUGCUCCGUGUUCGCGUACGGUGCCACCGGUGCCGGCAAAACUCACACGAUGCUGGGCAGCAGGGAGGACCUCGGCAUCACGUACCGCACCAUGGCGCAGCUGUUCACUGAGAUAGAGAACCAGAGCAAGCACCGGGAAUUCAAUCUGGGCGUGUCCUACCUGGAGAUAUACAACGAGAACGUGCAGAACCUGCUGCACAAGACCGGCCAGCUGCAUCUGAGGGAGGACGGUAGGUGCGGAGUGGUGGUCGCCGGUCUAGAGCCGAUCGCCAUCCAGAAUGCCGAGGAGUUGCUCUCGCUGCUGGCAGAGGGUAACAAGAAUCGCACUCAGCAUCCAACGGACGCCAAUAAGGAGAGCAGCAGGAGCCACGCAGUGUUCCAGGUGUACAUCAAGAUGAUUAACAAGCUGGACAGUCAGGUGCAGCGGGUCAAGCUGUCCAUGAUCGACCUGGCGGGAUCCGAGAGGGCCUCGGCUACUGGAUGCAAGGGCGUGAGGUUUAAGGAGGGCGCCAACAUCAACAAGUCCCUGCUGGCUCUCGGGAAUUGCAUUAACAAUCUCGCGGACGGCAUAAAGCACAUCCCAUACAGAGACUCCAAGCUCACGAGGCUACUCAAGGACUCGCUCGGCGGUAACUGCCGCACCGUCAUGAUAGCCAACAUCGCUCCUAGCAGCUUCACCUACGAGGACACGUACAACACCCUGAGGUAUGCGAAUCGCGCGAAGAAGAUCAAGUCGAUCGCCAAGAAGAAUGUGUCUUGCGAGACGCACGUUGCCGGUUACAUCAAGAUAGUGGAGGAGCAGAAGAAGGAGAUAGACGCAUUGAAGUCGAGACUGGCGGCCUUCGAGAAUGGAGCGCUCCAGCCGGCCGAGUGCAAGCCGAGCCUCGCCAUGCUGGAGACGUACAACAAGCUGGUGGAGUUGCACGAGAAGAAGCGGGAUCUGGUGGAGAGGGUACUGGCCUUGGAGAGCUCCGACAAGAUCCUGGCGUGCAGGAUACUCUUCAAGAAGGACGCGGACGAGAGAUUGCACAAUCUAACGGCGGCCAACGACGCCCUGUCGCUGGAGGAGCAGAACGCCAGCGGGAAGUCACGCGUCAACAAGUCCCUGCAUUACUUCCAACGGCAAAGGGAGGCCCUUCGGGCGCAGAUGCAAGAGACGUGGCAGGUGUUGUGCUCGGUCGAGACGGAGAUACAGGAGGCGAGCGGCAGGCCCCUCGACGAGAACCUGCAGAGCAAGCUGUCCCUGCAAAUCUCCAAACUGGAGGGAUGCUGGAUCCCCAGUAUGCAGCAGUACAUGAGGAAACUCGACGGUCUUCUGCGGUGCGAGAGGCAGUCGAUUAACACCAUAACGAAGACCAUGAGCAACACCUUGCAGAAUUACUACAACAUGCUCAAGGGCCACGGCUCGAUGACCGAGAAGAUGCAGCUCGAGUUCAAGGAGUUGAUCAAACUGCUCGAAGGUUUUCGAAAUAUCAAGUGGUCCGACUCAGAGGAGACGAGCAGGCAGGACGACUUCAACAUGUUCACAUGUCUAGGCACGAUUGGGAUGGACCCGUUGAACAAUUCGAUGCCAGCGAUCGGCACGGCGAUACCCGGGAUGGACGACGAGGACAUCUACAACGAGAACGUCUUGAACUCCACCUUCAACGCGGGUGAAAGUAGCUGUGCCGACAACGCCUUCGACCUGGACGACGUGAGCAGCAGCCACGAGAAUAAAUCCUUGCUGAGGGACGAAUCUGCGCAAGGGACUUCGCAGGAGAGAACUGCUGCGAAAAACCUCUUCAGGAAGCGCGUGUUAUCCGACAAGAACAGCGAAGGCGGCAGUACACCCUCCAAGCAGACGAAGAAACUGGGGACGAGUAAUAAAGCUGCUGCACAGAAUAACACUCGGGUGGACAAGGAGAACAAACAGAGGCCUAUACAAAUGAGUGCAAAAAGUAUCGCCAUUCUGAAUAAACUGAAGAGCGACGCGUCCAAUCGCGUUACCUCACUUCCCCGGCACAAUUCCGAGGCGAAAGUAAACGCGGCGUUUAAGGCGAUACGCAACAAGGAGAGACGCGGUCUAAUAACAACCCAUCCGUAUCAUAAGCCAACCGUUGAGAAGAAAUCCGUACCAGCUCCACCGUCUACGAGAGUUCCAUGGUAAGAUUAGACAAAAAUUUGGCACCUGGACACAAGAUGGAGGAGAUUGUGGCCUUACACAGACGCGUUAAGUAAUAAGACUUAAUAAGAUUUUUUUUUAACAGAUAUGAAUUUUAAAUAUUAUGCUAUUGACUGCACGCGCUGAAGGAGUCAAGUAUUCUAAUAAAAUAACUUUCUUCAAUGUUAUCUAUGUACGUUCUUUGUAGCUUAAUUCAAGAAAAGAUAUAUAUUAUGUACAUGUACGAUAUGCUCUUUCUUUCUCUAUGCAUAAUUAGAAAAUGACAAAUUUUAUAACUACCUACUAUAUUGUGUAUUUACGUAAGGUGUCUCUGAAAGACUUAUUUAAGAUUGAUAAGACGUUAUAGGCAAAACUUGGACGAGCCGCUCAAUCUUUCGUUUAUUACUGUCUUCGGAAAUUACAUUAUAUGAUUUCAUGUGAUAAAAAAAAGCAAAAUUUCAUGUAAUCUCCGUUGCCAAAGAGAGAGAGAGAGAGAGAGAGAGAGAGAGAGAGAGAGUGCAUAAGAAAAAAAUGCUCCGCGUUACCAAACUUGGGUUUAGAGGUUUACAUCACAUAAGUAACAAUUAAUACAAUACAAUAAUAUUAUGACAAUUAAUACGAAAGGUUCAAUGAAAUUUUACCCACACUGACAAGUUUCUGCUGUACGUCGACUAAUUGUAUGUAUCCUUGAAAGAAGAAUAAAUUAUUUUACGGAAAUUC